CAGGGCUACAGCUCAACCUGGAGCAUAUAAACAAACAACAACGCAAUGGGUUUUCCGCGCAUUCUCAGCAAGAAUAACAAGAUCUACACCAAACUGGGGGAGUUCUGUCUCUCUGGCGAUAGCUUCUGGAUAGUCUGCCACACAUGCCAGGAGGAACUACAGACACAGGAUCAGUUCUGGAAGCACAUACAGGAUGAACAUAAUUUUCUCCAUGGCGUUGCCAAGGAACACAGUCGAACAUCCAGCUACUGCUUGACGGAUGUGGAGGCGGCAGCAGCCACUUCUGGCGCGACGACGUCCCAGGGCGCAGGUAGUGUAACUUCAGUGACAGUUCCCUUGGCCCUCUACCACUGCUCUACCAAGUACUCAGAGGAUGACCAACGCGAAAUGGACAUUCACGAAGCCCAGCAACAGCAACACCAACAGCAACACCAGCAGCAACAACAACUUCAACAACAGCAGCAGCGCGAUGUCGCUAAGGAGCUGGCCGAGUUGCAUGCGAAUGCUGUAGCGGUGGCUUCUGCUGCCGCUGCCGCUGCCAAUGAAAGCAGUACUCGGAGCAGCAGCGGCAUAGACAUUAAGAUUGAGCCUCCAUGCCUUACCCUGCCACCGGAGAUGCAAGCAGCAGCGGCCGCUUCCAAUGCCACCAUCUACCACUUGCCACAGCUGGGGCCAGCGGCGGUACCACCGCCCCCGCCUACGACGGGCUUCGUCAGCGCCAACGUUAGCACAUCUACUACAGUCAGCACCACCCCGCCAAAUGUGACUGGCAGUCAUUCGGUCAUGCAGCAGCAAGCGGGGGUACUGACGGGAAGUGGUCUCUCCACGCUCAGCAUGUCAGUGGGCCCCUCAACAGCUAUGGCAGCGGCGCUGCUUUCCACCCAAGAGCUGCCCAAGGACUCGAACAGUACCACGGCCAGCGCCGGGAGCGCUGUCUCCUCGGACGACGGGGAGCGUUGGUACAUCUGCGACUACGAGACGUGCGGCCUGAAGUUUAAGUACAAGUCGCGCAUGGAGCUGCACCGUGUAGUGCAUAGCAAAGAGCGGCGCUUCAAUUGCGAGCUAUGCAGUGCCUCCUUUAAGCAAUCAUGCAAUUUGUCCACGCAUCGAAAGAAAAAGCACGCGCUCCGGGGUAUCAAGAGCGAGAUCCUUCCGCAGCGGUUCUAGACGUCAUACAUGCUUUUCCACUCCAUAGGCUACCUCUCUCCCUGCACACACUUGUUUAAAGCCCUGCAAGUCCUUGCAGGAUCAAUCUGACUAGAUGCUAGUUUCUCCCUCCCCCUUAUUAGUCUAAGUUUGUAUGCUAAACUACACUUAAAAACCAUAAUAUAUAUACA